AUGAGCUAUGCGAUGCAUUUGGGAUUGAAGGAGGAAGUUGAGAGCCCAUAUCGAAGGAGGACCGGACAUUGUCAUCGUCUUCCUGGUCCCUCUCUCUUAGAGGCCACGGGCGACAGUCAACCGGCGCACUCUGUCCUUCAGAAGGAAGACCUAGACGAAGCCGUGGACGAAGCCGAUCAAGCUGCAGCGCAAAUCUAUGAGGAUUUUGCAGCGCUGAGAUUCUUGCACGAGCACCAAGAUUUGUCGUCAGUGGGCGCACGUACUGCUGCUUCAGACUCCUUGGGCUUAGAGAGUGGUCUUAGAGGCUGGCAGCGGCUUCCGGUGAAUCGCUAUGAGCCGCUGCUCCGUGCCGUCUACGAACGCGGCCCCGUCGGUGUGUCAGUGGCGGCCAGAAGUUGGCACUUGUACUCUGCGGGCGUCUUCGAUUAUUGCGACCAGGAUGCGGUCAUUGACCAUGCGGUGACAUUGAUCGGAUUUGGCCGCGACCCGAAGAGUUCUGAGAAGUUCUGGCUCAUCCAGAACUCGUGGGGCCAUCACUGGGGCGAGGGCGGCCGAAUUCGGCUGUUGCGGGAGGAAGACGAGAGCAGGUGUGGUUGGGAUCGACAACCAGAGAAAGGAACGGCUUGCAAAGGAGAUCCUGCUCAGGUACGAGUUUGUGGCAUGUGCGGCAUUCUCUAUGAUAGUGUAGUGCCUCAUUUCGCUUGA